GUACUUAGCCGUAAUCUGAUUUUGUCUGCGAUGAUUUGGUGAUUGCAUGAAAUCAGAGAAUUAGUUGACAAUAAACACGUACAUGUAAAUAUUUAAAAUGUUACACCGCCACCGGUGUUAAAAAGUUAUUGAGCACGAAGAGUAUAUAAGAAAUGAACUCGCUGACAUGUUUAAACCCCAUCGCAAUCGCACUCAAUCUGCUAUUGCUUGUGAUAGCGCCCUUAUCAGGAGUACAUCAUCCACCCAUUCAUGACAUUGUCACAACGCAGGACAUAAUUGCUGGUGAUGUGUUCUUUGAGAUAACAGAACCUGCAGUACUGGAAUACACGUAUCGACUGCGACCGGCAAAAGAUUUUGGCGUUUCGUUUGUGUCGCGUCGUCUUAUGGGAAUUGCACUAGUGCUAACAAAACCUUCAGAUGCAUGCUCAAAGAUAGAAAACCAUCGCGAACUUCGCGGGAACGUAGCUUUAAUUGAGAGAGGCGAAUGCUCGUUUCUAACCAAAACUAUUAAUGCUGAACUAGCUGGCGCCAAAGCUGCUAUUAUCACUGAAUUCAACAAUGAAUCGUCCGAAUUUGAGUAUUAUAUUGAAAUGAUACACGACAACACCAGUAGAGAUGCUCAUAUACCAGCCGGAUUUUUGCUGGGGAAAAAUGGUAUUAUCAUUCGAUCGACGCUGCUGCGACUACGAAGACCAUAUGCCAUAAUAAAUUUACCAGUGAAUUUAACAUUUGUACCACCUGCUCAAAUAAACCAUCCACCCUGGUUAGGUUGGUGAAUUUAAACAGUAAUAAUAAUAACAAUAAUCGAAAAGUCGCUAACCUAAACCAAAAAAUAUUAACCAAAGUGCAUUCUUGAAACUGAGUCACCAUGACUAUAUAGGUUACUGAAUGUAGAAUCAUUCACAUGAAAAAAUCCCUAAAAUCCUUAUUUUUGUAUCGUAAAGCCGUGUCAAUAUUUGUAACAAUACUGUUCGAACGUUGAUUUGUGUUGUUUAGGAAAUGCAAAAAUAACAAGCGGCAAUAACAAGCUGCUAUCAACUAUCAAACGUUAAAUGGUCUAGAAAGCGUAUCGUUUGUAAUUGAAAGUCUAAGUCAUCAUAAUAGGGAACUGAUAUAGAGUUCUUAAAUCAAGUAAAGCAAUCAAGUAGUUUCUUAAAUUAUUGUAAUGAGUAAAUAAAUAAUAAACAAAUAAAUAAAUUUA